GAUCCUGUACCAGAAGAAAAACGAACAUGGAGUACAAAAGAUUAUAUCGUAUAUUGGAUAAGUGAUGGAUUUUCGGUAGCAGUUUGGGAUAUGGGUUCUAGUAUGAUUAGUAAUGGUCUUUCGUUUAGACAAGCUAUACCUAUCAUUGCUACUGGGUUUACUAUCAUUGCGAUUCCAAUCACUAUCAAUGGCACAAUCGGCGCAAAAACACUUGAUUUCAUUUGUUUAGUCUUGACUCGAGCUUCCUUUGGAUAUUGGUUUUCGUAUUUUCCAGUUAUAUCUAGAGUCAUACUAGCUGCCUUUUGGUUCUCAAUCCAAACCUUCACAGGUGGAGAAUGUGUAUACCAAAUUAUAAGAUCAAUCUUUCCAUCAUUUUCAAAAUUACCAAAUCAUUUACCAGUUUCAUCAGACAUAACUACAUCACAAUUUAUAAGUUAUUUGAUUUUUUGGUUAAUUCAAUUACCAUUUGUAAUGAUGGGACCAACCAAAAAAUCAUUAAGACAUUUCUUUCUCAUCAAAUCUAUCUUAUGCCCCAUUUGUGGUUCGGUCAUGUUUAUUUGGGCUUUAACUAAAGGUGGUAAAGAGAUCUUUAAACAUCAUUCUAGUUUGAGUGGGAAUGUGUUUUCUUUUAGUUGGUUGAGUGGUAUGAAUGCUGCCAUUGGAAAUUAUGCUACUCUUAGUGUGAAUGUUCCAGACUUUACCCGUUAUGCAAAAUCUCCUAAAAAUCAGAAUGUACAACUCUUUAUAAUUCCAAUAACUUUUACUCUAAUCGCAUUCCAAGGAAUGGUAGUUGCAUCAGCAGGUUAUGUCCUAUACGAUCAAGAAUAUCUUUGGGAUCCACUUAGAUUAAUUAAUAAAUGGAAUAAUAGAUUAGCUAUUUUCUCUGCAAGUUUUUGUUUUUUAAUUGCUACUCUUGGAACUAAUAUAAGUGCAAAUUCACUUUCAGGUGCAAAUGAUUUAACAGCUCUUGCCCCUAAAUAUAUUAAUUUGAAAAGAGGUUCAUUUCUUAUUGCUUUUUUUGGUGGUUGGGCAAUUCCAAGUUGGAAAAUUUUGAAAUCUUCCAUUGGAUUUUUGAACUUUAUGUCAGGUUAUACAGUUUUCUUAGGACCUUUCUCUGCAAUUAUGAUUUGUGAUUUCUUUAUAGUAAAAAAAGGUAAAUUAGAUAUCCCAGAAUUAUAUAAACCAAAUGGAAGAUAUAAUUAUUAUAAAGGGUUUAAUUGGAGAGCAAUCAUUACUCUUUUAGUAUCUGUUUCUCCUAAUUUACCAGGACUUAUUAAUAGUGCUGCUCCUGGAGUUCAAAUUAGCAGUGGUGCUCAACAUCUAUAUGCAAUAGCUUGGAUAUAUGGAUUCUUUACGGCUUCUGUAGUUUAUACGUCUCUAAAUUUAUGUUUUCCUGCUCAUGAAACUCUAGUAGAAGAAAUGAUUUGGGGUAAUGGGUUUGAACAAAGUGAUCAAACUAAAGAGAGUGAAGUGGCUAGUUUAGAGAAAUCAAGUUUAUGA